AUGGGUACCCUGUAUGACUGCUUGCUGGAAGUGCACUUGGAGAAAUACUACGAGACAUUUUUGAACCAUGGAAUAUCUAAAGCUGAGUCCUUACUUAAAUUGACUCCUCGAGAUUAUGGUGUACUGGGACUCAAUACAACUGAAGAGAGGCGUCGAUUGUAUGAGCUGAUUAACUUGUUACGCACUGUCCUGAAUCCUUCAAGUCAUGUUGCCAGUGGUCCUACACGACAACGAAAUGGGCGCAAGAGAAUCCAUAGUCCUGGUGAUACUGUCAAGAAGGAAUUUCCCUCAGCCCCACAGACUCCGCCACCACUCCAGAAGGAUGCUAGGUCUCCUUGGUCUCCAGUGUUGCCUCAUUGUGUUCCCAUAUCUUCAGGGGAUACAAGUCACAGUCGAAGUAAUCCAGAAAUGACUACAUAUUCUAAUUAUAUUGACACAUCACGUAGUUCUCCACAAAGCCCGCUUUUUAUUGAGAAAGUGAAAUAUCGGGCAGGCUACAACUAUGGUGUCCCAAAAAGUAAGAAGAAAGGAAAAACAAGUAGCACAAGAGACAUGCGAGAUGAGAAGAUCAAAGUGUGUGUGCGUAAGCGACCCAUAUUUGGGAAGAAUGUAGUAGAUGUUGUUGAAGUCCAUGAUGGACAUACUGUGAUAGUAAAUGAAAUGAAACUAACUGUAGAUCUUACCUCAUACAUCUUACAGCACAAGUUUUACUUUGAUGAUGCAUUUGGAGAACACUACAGCAAUGAAGAAGUGUAUUUACAAGCAGCCAAGCCAUUGGUUGAAUGGGUAUUUGAAAAGGGUCAGGCAACUAUUUUUGCUUAUGGCCAGACAGGGGCAGGUAAAACAUUUACAAUGAUGGGAUCUGGAGACAUUCCUGGACUGUAUCUAUUGGCAGCUGAAGACAUUUUCUCCAUUAUUGAGAGUGAAAGUUAUGGCAGUGGCUUCCAUGUUUGGUUGAGUUAUUAUGAAAUUUACUGUGGCCAGCUGUUUGACCUGCUCAAUGGCAAAAAAAGGUUGCAUGCUCGGGAAGAUAGCAGUCAUAAAGUCUGUAUUUCUGGACUGACAGAAACACAAGUGCCAGAUGUCAGCUCCUUAAUGCAGGUAAAAAGUGUGAUCUCUUUUAUUGAUUUGGCUGGCAAUGAACGAGCUGCUGAUGUAAAAGAUUCAGAUAGACAAUCACGGAAAGAAGGGGCUGAAAUCAAUCAAAGCCUUCUUGCUCUAAAAGAAUGUAUCCGUAGUUUAGAUCAAGAGAGUAGCUUUACACCAUUCCGCCAGAGCAAGUUGACUCACAUCUUGAAGGAUUCUUUCACUGGUAAAUCCAAGACCUGUAUGAUUGCCAAUAUCUCUCCGAAUCAGAAUGCAACUGAAUGUACCUUAAAUACACUUCGAUAUGCUGACAGAGUUAAGGAAAUUCGCCCUGAUACAGGAAGUCCCCGCGUAAUGAGAAGAAAAUGCACAGAAAAUAUACCUGCCAACAAGAAUAUUUCAGGAGCAGGAAUUUCUCCUUCUUUUUUCCAUCACUCAAACAUUCUUUGUACAUCAACACCAAUACGUCGACAGUGUUCUGACUACAACUUGCCAGCUGACACAGCUGCAACUACAUUGCUAGACCCUAAUGAAAGCCCAAUACAAGGCCAUCGUAUGCCUCGAAAAGUCAGCAGCAAGUUCAAUAUUUUACCUGAUAAAAUCACUGUCUCUAAAUGUAUUCCCACAUCUGAAAACCUUCCUACUACUCGUCAAAUGGAAGGAGGUUUGCCGCCGGAAACAGAAUUCGAUAAUUACCAAGCAGAGGCUUAUACUGAAAUGAAGAUGGAUAAUAUUCAAUCACCUCGGGAAGACGAACCUAUUACCUCAGACUUUAAUUAUGACUUGAAUGAUCUGAACAAGACCAAAAAAGAUGAUGAUGAAUUUACUAGUGAUGCUCGAUUAAUUCAGUGUGAAGGAGGUGCUUAUAUUAGCCCAUCCAGACUUUCUCCAUCUGAAGUGAGGAUGCUGUAUGGUAGUUCCAUGCCUUCAGUUGAGCAUUUGGGUGGACAUAAGUGUCGUCCACCUCUAAAUCGUGUCCGUAACCAUUCCGAUCCAGGUGUUAUGCCCAGUGCAUUGGCUAACCCAAAAGAUGAUGGUAAAAUGAAACGACAGUUGUCGUCAGAUGUAGUGCCUGGCCAUUAUGAUCAACCAGAGGAACAUUCUAGCAACAGCACUGAUUCUGAUUAUCCGAUUGGAACUCCUGAGGAUAUUUUGAGGUUCCCGUCUAGUCAUAAUCAGACCACUGGUCAUUUACCAAACCAGCGAGCGAUUGAGACAGAACUGAAGACAGUCUUCCCUUUACCCCCUUCUCCUCCACGCAUAAAAUCCACACCUACUGCAGCUAAAAGAGAGCAAAUGCAUGUGAGAGACAUUUGGGAGAAAGGUUUCACCAGAGUUACUGAACCUCAUAUUAAUGUUUCUCAUACAGAAUCGAAAAGUCCAAAUCCUGCCCCACUUAAACAUCUUUCCACAACACUGCCAAAUAAACCUCAUCGGCAUGCCUUUCCAGAGGAAAAAAAGUAUUUUAGAAAAGUUUCUAGAGAUUAUAGCAUAAAAGAUGAAACAUUAAGUGUGGUAAAUAACCCCAACACCAUAGCUUCAUCAUCAGCAACACCAACACUAACGACUGUUCUUGAUAAUACUGAUCCAACAGUGGUCACAAAUACGAGCAAUUUUAGCCAGAGUCAAUUCGUGGGUGGUGUAUAUAGUAAUAAGUUAACUGUAGCUGAAGAAUUACUCUCAAGCUUUAGAGGAUCAGCUCAGGCUGUUCCAAAUGACCCAGAGAAAUCUUCAUCAAGAGAAGCCAGUUUUCUUGAGAUGGAACAUAUUUCUCCACCUGACAGCAGGCAUCAUCCUCAUCCUGAAUCAGUUCAUCCACCACUAAUUGUUGUAGACAGUGUAAGAGAAAAAAAAAGAAUUAAAGAAACUAGUAUUCCUCAGGCUGAGGCCUACCCUCGCUCCCCUGAACCCCUCCCUGAUUUAUGUGCUAGUGAUAUAGCAGCCAUGAAACAAAGUCUUUUCCAAUUCCUUCAGAAGAUGUCAUCCAUCUCAACAAAAGUGACAGACAACAGUGAACCAUCUAGUCAAGGAAGCUCCCUGGAAGGAGCAGUCUACCCACCAAAUGACAGUUUUGAAGUUGAGCCUCUCGUUUAUAGCACAAAACAUUCCAGUACAAACAGGACUACCAACACAGAAGUAGUUUCUACUCACAGCCCACCAUUGGUUUCCCUCAGGGAAGUCUCUUCUCAGGCUGCUAAAACAUCUGAAACCAUCAAUCAGACUCCCAUAAAUGCUUGGUCUCCAAGCAGUCCCAAAACUGGUUUCUUCCCUAUUGACCCCCAACCUGUACAUAACAUACCAUCCCCAACUUUGGCAAAAUCCCCAGUCCCCAGACAUGUUAUCUAUCCAGUGCCAUUCUUGCCAAGUGGUAUGUCAGCAACAGAAAAUCGACAAGAACUAUUGAAUAGUAAGGAAGUUUGUGAACGUUUGAUUCAGGCGCAUGAAAAACAAUUGGCCACUAUGACUAUGCUGUGUAAACAAGAGAUGAAAUUAUUGUUACUGGCCAAAUCAGGACAAAAGAGUUUCACAGACUUUAUAGAAAAGGUAAGUCAGAUCUUGAGCUGUAAACUGAAGGCCAUCUCGUUGCUGCAACAGGAGAUUCAGAUCCAUGGGGCCAGUAUCAGUGCUGCAGGCAGCCAGAUGGAAGAAACUGUGUUCUGUACUGGAUCAACAGAUCCUUCAAAAUAA